UUGUUGUUUAGGCUGCUUGUGGUUUAUGUGUUAGAGUUGGUUCAUUUCAUGAUCCCAAAGAACUGCCCGGCCUUGCACACCUACUGGAGCACAUGCUGUUUAUGGGUAGUCAGAAGUAUCCCGGGGAAAACGAGUUUGACUCGUUUGUCAGCUCUCACGGAGGCAACUCUAAUGCCUGCACUGGAUACGAACUGACUUAUUACUGCUUUGAAGUUAAUAAGAAAUAUUUUCAAGAAGCACUUGAUAAGUUUGCACAUUUCUUCAUUUCUCCACUGAUAAUGGAGUCAAGCUUAGAGAGAGAGAUAGAAGCUGUUGAUAAUGGUUAAGCCCAGCAUACACUGAGCAACUUGUGGUUAGACCUUUGAUGUGGUUGCGCAACACUGGGCAACAUGUUGCAGAAAGUAGAGAGACUCAACUUCUGGCAACAAGUUGCCUCACCACAUCAAAGGUACUGGCAACAAAGUUGCUCAGUGUAUGUUGGGCUAUAGGUUUGAAAUUGUUGUUGAUUUAAAAGUCUCACAACCUUUUAAUUAUUGCAAUUAAUUUUUUGUGUAAUUUUACAACUGUCAAAUUCACAAAAUUUUAAUUCCAAAACUAUUAUGUAGGCUACUUUUGGCUAAUCAUACUGUAUUGCUUGAUUCGCCUCAAUAUUAAUAUAUUCAAUAGUGAAUUUUGUCUUUUGUUUGUUUACCAUCUUCUACCUUUAUCUGUAAUUAAUAAGUUAUUUUUUGAAAUUAAGGCCACGUUUACACUACUCCGUUUUCAUUGAAAAACGGAGACUUUUAGUCACGGAUACGGGUUUCGUUUAGUCUCGCAAGCCAGACCCUCCCCGCCUACGGUCAUUUGGGUGGACGGCGGGGAGGGUCUGGUACAUUGUCUACACUAGUUUUGUUCUCGCGUCCAGAAUUGGACGUGACCAAUCAGAAUAAGUUAUUGAGAACUGUCAUCAAUAGUCACACAAUUGUCACAUGAUCAAAAUGGCCGCUUUUUGUCUAGCUUGUGGUGAUGAUGUGAUUAAGGGAUCUAGAGCAGUUGCUAGCCAGGUAUCAGUGAUUUUGAAGCGUUAUCUAACUAGAAGGUGCCAGGAACUCAACAUGGAUAUUGAUCUCAACUCGCUUAUAGACCAAUCUCACGUCUGUAGAGCCUGUUCAAUAAUUAGGGCAGUCAAUGGGCUGACUACUAUAAUUAUAGCCUUCUCCUCGUCCUUUCUCUUCUCAUAUAUAUCAAUAGCACUUGGUAAGACUGUAAAGCAUAUCGUUUUCUCAAAACCAGUCGGUAAAAUGGCAAAAAACAUCCCUGCCCUUCAAAAACUCGCAAAUACAGAACUUUUGUUCGUCUUUAAGUGUAGAAAACCCAAGAGCAGAGGCAGCAUUAAUAACAGCAGCUUCGAUGAGCUCUUCCUCCUGUUCUGCGGCCAUUUUUUUCCAUUUGACGUGCAUUGACACAAUCUACG